GCUGAUCACUCCGUUCGUUCGGCAGCGACUCAGUCUCAGUCGUAGUGGCAGUGGUCUCGCUAAACGUCAUCCGUUCACUGCCGGCUUUUCUCCUGUCAAAGUCUGACUUUGACUAUUUAUCUUUUCUUACUGUGGGAUAAUGUUUAGUGAAUUUUCGCAAAGUACUGUUCAGUUUGUUUUUCGAUUGACGUUUCUUUGCGAAUUGCUAUUUAUUCCUAAAUAAAUUUAGUGGUGUUCGUCAGUGCCGGCCGGCUUUUUUGGACUUGUGAUAUUUUGUGAUUGACUUCGUGUUACACUUAAGGAUAUCCAUUACCAGUUCACCUAGUAAGAUGCCGGUCUGCAAACUCGACCCCUGCGACCCGUGGGGACAAUACUCCAAAGACGACCUGGAGUCGCUCUUUGGCAGCGACGAGGAACUCUUCAACCGCAUCGACCUCAUGAGCUUCGACCUGGACGAUGUCGACCCCAGUGUGUUCGACAGCAGCUAUGACAGCGAGGAUGACAGCGACGGCGAGUGCUUGAAUUCCAAGAAGUUCCGGGAGAGCAGAAACCACGAUUGUAUGUGGGGAGGACAGUGUUGUAACAAAGAGUUCCAAAGGACUACAGUGGGGCCUGUGCCCAAACCUCAGCCACCACCACCCGCACCCGUAGUACCGACACCCAUACCCAAACCCGUAACCACACCCGGGGUGUUGAUCACCCACAGUGCCAACAAAGUGGUUACCAUAGUGCCCGCGAGUGAGAGGACAGAAGUAAGAACGGUAAAGCCUGAGAGCAGAAGUCUGCUUCUCAAUAGGACUACAGUGACUCCGCCGAAACCCUCUGUUCCCACUCACACCCCCGCGUACACUAACACUACCCCUGUGAAGCGCGAGCUACCCACCCCUCAGAACUCGCGACCAGACACGCCGCAGUCAGAGGAUGACGAUCUUGCACCCAUCCCUAUAGACCCCCAUAACACGACCAGUGUGUUCCGCAGCGCCCUCGAGGCCAUCACCACACCCAAGGCCUGGGAGCCCGAGGUACCGCCGCAGACCGACCACAACUACGACGUCUCUAGCAAGAAGAACAUCAGACCGGAGGAGUUAGGAGUCGUCACACCUUCAGAUUCUGAGGAAGACGAAGAGAUCGACGUGGUGUCCUUGAGUGAGAGGUCAUCAUCGUCCUCGAGUAGAUCGUCGUCCUGCGGAGGGAAUCUGCCAAAUAGACCGACCCGCCGCGACCAGCGACACCUAGAGGAGAUCACGACGUCGCUGCUGUCUGCGUCGGAGGCUGUCAGUAGGAAACUGAAGGCGUCACACCAAGUAGUGCGUCAGCAUCAUCAACACAAGAGGAAGAAGUACAUCAGCGAGAGCAGCGAUUCUGACAGUGACUAUGACGAGCCAGUAUACAAGUACUCCCGUCAGACCAAGCGACAGAAGAGUACUCCGACCAGGAGAAAAAAGAACCCGAGGUUCGGCGAAGAAGAGGAUCAGGAGAAAAGGGACUUGCACAACAACAUGGAGAGGAUGAGAAGGAUAGACUUGAGGAACAGCUUUGAGGAGUUGAAGACAUUGGUUCCUAGUUUGGUUGGCAAGGACAGAGCUGCCAAAGUUGUGAUUCUGAGAGAUGCAGCUAGUUACUGUCAAGAGCUGAGCGCCGAGAGUCAGUCAAAGUACAUGCAAGUUCAGGCCCUCAGGAAGGAACAAGAAAGAUUGAGAGCAAUGGUCUCGAGUCUUCGCAAGGCCAGAGCGGCAGCAACCAUCAAGAACCGCUGAAGCCAUACUGUAUAGCUGUAUAUAGUUUUUAUAUGAGCUAGUAAGUGUUCUUUUUUGUAACUUAUGCUUUUCAACAAUGCUGUGCUUAGGUUUAAGAUGUACAUCUACUUGCUAACGAUGCUAUAUGCCAAAGUAUAACUGGAAAGACAAUAGAAUGCAACGGUCAAGGCUGAUGAUUUCAUUUUGUGAUUCUUCUGUUUUGCUCAAUCAAAUUUUGAUUUGGAGUAAUUUUAAUGUAGAUCAUUUCGGAUAUCAGAUCAUUGUUCAUUUUUGUAACUUUUGUACUUUUAUAGUUGGUUUAUCGCAGUUUUCUUUAAGAGUUUUAAAGAAGUAUUGUUACAGUUAGAUAUAUGUAGACCAUUUAGACGGUUCUAUUUUAAUGUGAUUAUUUUGUAUUAACGAUAUUUAUCAGUACAAUCAUCAGUGAUUUUGAAAAUGUUGGUGCAAUUGUAGUCGAUUUACUGUGUUUUCCAAAUUAAGACUGUUUUCAAACUCCCUCUCCCUAGAUUCUGUAGAUGUAGACUUUCAAUAUUGAAUAGUUUUCAUAAAAUGUUAUUUAUUGUUUACACAAAUAACGUAACUACAUAUAGCAUAUUUAUAUUUCCUAGAAAGAUCUUUAAAGUACAAAAGCCUAGACUAGAGUCCACGCAUAUUAUCAUAAUCUAUUUAUUUAUAGUCAGAUUUCUUGGUUCAGCCGGUUAAUUUGUACCUCCUCUAAAGUCAAACAAUGCAAUGCAAGUGAGUGUUCAAUAGGUUAGUUGUUUAUAUAUUAUUGUAUAAAGUAUCUUACGCUCUAGCUGUAGAUGGUUGAGUUUUGUAGUUUUUAGCAAUACAUUGAAUACACAAGUUUAUAUUUUCUAAUUUGUUACUUGUCUGUACAUUUUUAAAUGGCAAUACUUUCAUGCCUUGUACAUUUUUUGUCUCGAGUUGGACUCGUACUUUUUUAUUCUUUCAUUACAUCGAGUUAUUUUUUUGUUUUUGGUUACCAUUAAGUACUUUUCUGUUUUCACUGUAAUCAUUGCGCAGGAUUUUUCAGUUAUCUGGAAGUAGCAUUAAUGUAUUUGGUUGUUAUUCAUGUUGUUCGUUAUGUUUUUUUGUAGUAGUUGAUGAUAAAUUGUAAGUUUUGUUACGGAGUUUUUAUAAUUUGUAUAACAUUUUACCUAUCAUAGCAGAGUUCAAGGUGUUUCCAUGCUGACCAGGGAUCGAUAGACAGUAUUUGACAGUUAGGUUAGGUGAGCCUACAGGGAUUUAGUGUUAGGAACUGAAAAUAGUCAGGUCACUUUUUUAAAUCGAUCAGCGCUAAAAAUUAUUUUUUAUUGAUCAAAUUUUUUAUUUGUCUUCCAAAGCUUACAUGAGUGCCUCAGUAUGUGCCUUCCUGUCUAGCUUUUUAUAAUUGUUUUACAUGUUUACACAAUCAGCACUAAACUACAGAUCACUUAUAAGUUUUUAUGUUUUUAAUUUUUAAUGUUUUAAAAGAGUUAAUUUUUUAAGGACCAAGAAAAAAUCAAGUUUAACAUUGUCCGCCCAUUUUGUUUUUUAGGAUAGGAAUGGCAUAGGCACAUAUUGUCUUAUUCAGUUUUAUACUUACUUGAAGCUGUGUUAAUAAUUAUAUCUAAUAUGAUGUACAAUAGCCCAUAAGUUAUCAUUGAUAUGUUGAUGUUAUGUUAAGUUCCUUUGUAGCCAGACAUUUAUAAAAUAUUACACAACAAAAACAAAAACUA